UAUAAAUCGAAUCUGGUCCCAGAGCUAGAGCCACAUUCAGCCUGCCGCCGUCCAGGAGUUCGCUUCGCUUCGCGUAACCAAAAACGAUCUUUGGAAUAUUGCAAUCGAAUCCAGAAUACAUUUUUUCCCAGUGACUUUCUGUGUGUUUUUGUGCUCUCUCUGCUCUGUGCGUGUGUUUCGUUUCAACAAACAAAUAGAAAAAUGCUGAAACUCAUUCUGCCCUGCCUGGCACUGGCCCUGCUGGCUGUAAGCGUGCACGCUUUGAAGAUCCACGACUACGAGCACCAGGAGCAGCCCCACGAGCAGCACUACGAACACCAGGAACAUGCCAGCUACGAGCCGGAGCACGAGGAGACGGAGCUGCAUCAUGAGGUGGAGCAUAAGCAUGCCACGUCGCAUCAGAGCGUCAAGUUCCAUCACUACCACGCCGUGCCCGUUUACAUUAAGAAGGAGGAUCAGCAUCUGGUAAAGAAGCCCAUCGAGAUCGGCGGCACCAAACAGAAGCUGAAGAUCCUGCAUCCCAAGAGCGAGCACAAUCACAACCACGGCCUGGUGCUGGAGAACCACAGCGAGUCGCAUCUGCACGAGCAUGGCCACUACGAGGAGCCCGUGCACCACUCGGAGCACUACGAACAUCACGAGCACUAUGCGCACCAUGAGUAGGCAGAUCAGAUCCUUUUCGGCGCCCCCCUUUGCCAAAUAAGUUGUGAGGAGGAGUUAUUCUCCCCAAACCCAACCCCAUCCCAUUCGUGUGUAAGGCUUUUUUUAUAUGUACCGUCUCUUGUUAAAUAAAACGUUUACCUAGAGUAUUACCUAAAUCAA